AUGCCCGUGGUGGGGGCUGCUGACCCAGGGCUGACACAGCAGCAGCAGCAGCCAGGCCCGCGGCACGAGGGGCGGCCCCGCAGGGUGAGGUUCAGGAUCUCCUCGGCCGGCAGCGGCCGGGUGCUCAAGCAGGUCUACGAGGACGGGCAGGAGAUGGAGCCCCCGGCCAAGGAGCGCUCGCGGCGCUUCCUGCGCCGCAGCUUCGAGCCCGAGGAGCCGCUCUGCGGGCCCGGGGAGCUGCCAGGGAGCGCCGAGAGCCUCUGCUGGCCCACGGCCCUGACCGCCCGGAGGAUCAGCGUGCUGCGGGAGGAGCGGCACCCGGGGCUGCUGGGGAGCGCGGCCCUGCUCCGCGACUGCCGCCCGGGGGCUGGCCUCUGUGGGGCUUCCCCAGUUGUAGAUUUUGGCAAGAUCAUCAUCUACACCAAUAACCUGAAAAUCAUCCGUGCACCGAUGGACCAGAAGGAGCUCAUGAGAAGAAUCAUCCAGACUGAGGGAAUAAAUGACUGGACGUUCGUGUACCGGGAGAAGAAAGAGCGACUUAGUGGUGGACAUAAAAAAGAUGUGGAGAAUAUGAUCAUGUGCAACCAGCAUGUGCAGGAGGGUGAUGCUGAACACGGCUGCUCCCAGUGCAAAGGCUCGGGCUGUGCUCCCUGCUCGCUGUGCCACGGCAGCAAGUUCUCGAUGCUGGCAAACCGAUUCCGGGAGUCCUACCGGGCGCUGCGGUGUCCGGCGUGUGACGAGAGCGGGCUGCAGCCGUGCUGGGUGUGCGCUGCCUGAGCCGGCCCGGGGCUCGGCCUGCCCGCGGCGGGGACGGGGUUAACAGGCGGGGAAAGGCGCUCUGGGCACGGGGAAAGGCACUCUGUCCAUAGGGAACACUGUCCAUGGGGAAAGGUGCUCUGGGCACAGGGAAAGGCACUCUGUCCAUAGGGAACACUGUCCAUGGGGAGAGGCACUCUGGACAUGGGGAACACUCUGUCCAUAGGGAACACUGUCCUUCGGGGAA